CCGUGGGGGGGGCCAUCUCCUCUCCCCUCUGGGGCCCCCACCCCGCCGUCAGCUUUCGAGGACCGGAAGGGGGCAGAGACGGGGUCUCGAAGCCGAGCGUGCGUGGUUGCGUGCGGCGCCCUCCGGCAGCUGGGGUGGGAGCCGGCCGACCGUUGGCUGCUCCGCCCCUGCCCGGCCGCACCCCCACCCUGGGGGUACCUUGAGCAUAACAGGAAAUUUCAAACAACAGGAAACCAAGAGAGGGCAAGGCAGCGGCUCCACCCUGCCCGGGGGCCAGCCACCCCGGGGCCUCAGUCUGCCCCGGGGGACCGCCAUGAAUGCCACGGGGUCCCCGGCCGAGGCCCCCGAGUCCUGCCAGCAGCUGGCGGCCAGCGGGCACAGCCGACUCAUCCUCCUGCACUACAAUCACUCGGGCCGGCUGGCGGGGCGGCCGGGGCCCGAGGACGGGGGCCUGGGGGUCCUUCGCGGGCUCUUCGUGGCCAUGAGCUGCCUGGUGGUGCUGGAGAACCUGCUGGUGCUGGUGGCCAUCGUGACCCACAUGCGGUCCCGCCGCUGGGUCUACUACUGCCUGGUCAACAUCACGCUGAGUGACCUGCUCACCGGCGUGGCCUACCUGGCCAACGUCCUGUUCUCGGGGGCGCACACCUUCCGCCUGGCGCCCGCCCACUGGUUCCUGCGGGAGGGCGUGCUGUUCAUGGCGCUGGCCGCCUCCACCUUCAGCCUGCUCUUCACCGCCGGCGAACGCUUCGCCACCAUGGUGCGCCCGGUGGCGGAGAGCGGGGCCACCAAGAAGGGCCGCGUCUGCGGCUUCAUCGGGCUGUGCUGGCUGCUGGCGGGGCUGCUGGGGCUGCUGCCGCUGCUCGGCUGGAACUGCGUGUGCGCCUUCCAGCACUGCUCCAGCCUCCUCCCGCUCUACUCCAAGGCCUACAUCCUCUUCUGCGUGGUCAUCUUCGCCUUCAUCCUGGCCACCAUCACGCUGCUUUACGGGGCAAUCUUCCGGCUCGUGAGGGCCAACGGGCAGAAGGCCGCGCGCGCCCCGGCCCGCCGCAAGGCUCACCGGCUGCUCAAGACGGUGCUCAUGAUCCUGGUGGCCUUCGUGGUGUGCUGGGGCCCCCUCUUCGGCCUGCUGCUGGCCGACAUCUUCGGCUCCAACGUCUGGGCGCAGGAGUACCUGCGGGGCAUGGAUUGGAUCCUGGCGCUCGCCGUGCUCAAUUCGGCCGUCAACCCGCUCAUCUACUCCUUCCGCAGCCGCGAGGUGUGCCGGGCCGUGGUGGCCUUCCUGUGCUGCGGCUGCCUCCGGCUGGGCCUGCGGGGGCCCGGCGACUGCCUGGCCCAGGCGGCCGAGGCGCACUCCGGGGCCUCCACCACUGACAGCUCGCUGAGGCCCAGAGACAGCUUUCGGGGCUCCCGGUCGCACAGCUUUCGGAUGCGCGAGCCCCUGUCCAGCGUCUCCAGCGUGCGGAGCGGCUGAGCCACAGCGGUGGCGGCGGGGGGGGC